UCGUAACCCUUGAAAUGAUUGGAUCCUCGUGGAACACAGACUAGACCUUGCUCCGCCUCGACCCAGCCCGUUUACAACACGCGAAAGAUUCGGACACUUGCUUCAUCUCUAUCGCCUCAGCCAGGUCAUCAGAGGACGACGAUUUGACAGGUUCACCAAAGGUACCCAAACAAAAUGGCAGACACUAAUGAAACAAAAGAGGACCCUCAGCAGACACAGUUACAGCAAGCACAAGACCUACAGAGCGUGGUGUCUCGUGUGGGCAACCUGCCCCUGGUGAGCUCGGCCUAUGACAUGCUGUCGAGUGCCUACUGCAGCACAAAGGAGAGCGUGCCGCUGUUUAAGGGGGUGAUGGACGUGGCCGAGAGUGGCGUCCGCACGCUGGGAGCGGCAGCCACCACUGGCUCCAAGCCCAUACUGGACCGUCUAGAGCCGCAGAUUACUGCUGUGAAUGAGUAUGCCAUGCUGGGACUGGAUAAAGUGGAGCAGAAGCUACCAAUACUACAACAGCCUGCAGAUAAGGUUGUGUCCGGCACAGUGGGAAUGGUGGGGAUGAUGUACCAGACGGUAUCUGGGGCCAAGGAAGCCAUGAUCGGGGCGGUGAUGGGAGGAGUGGAGAAGACGCGCAGCGCUGUAAACGAGAGCAUAUGCACAGUGAGCCAUAUGGUCAGCAGCGGGGUCAACAUGGCCCUGACGCGCUCCGAACACUUGGUGGACCACUACCUGCCCCUGAGCGAGAAAGAGCUAGCUGAACUGUCUGAACCCGUGCCCCCCGAGGAGGCAGCAUCUGUAGUCAGCUCCAGCCCGGCGGUCCUCUCUGUUGCCCACCCCACCAGCUCCAGCAGCCCCUGCGCCAGCUACUUCGUCCGGCUGGGCAACCUGUCUGCCAAGGUGCGUGAGCGCGCCCUGGAGCAGUCCCAGGUGCGCGCCCGCAACGCCCGCGACGCCACCAACGCGGCCGUGGCACAGAUCAGCAGUACCCUGGACCUGCUGGAGAACGCCCGCGCCACGCUGACCACUGCCAACCGACAGCUAGGGGGCGCUCCAGAGCAGCUGAUGCAGCGCUGGAGAGAGUGGCAGCAGCAGCAGCAGCAGCAGCAGCAGCAGCAGGGCCAAGCGCAGCAGCAGGGGGGCCAGCCACAGGGGGGCCAGGGCCAAGAGACCCAGCCAGGGGAAGGGGAGCAGAGCAUGGAAGUGGACGGGACCAAGGACCAUGGAGAGCAGUUGGAGGGCUGGACCCUGUCCAUGGCGCGAGACCUGACUGGUCAGCUGCAGACGGCGUGUGCCACGGUGGUGUCGAGUGCACAGGGUCUCCCCAGCGCCGUGCAGGAGCAGCUGCUGAACGCACGGCACACGGCCGAGGAGCUGCAACGCUCCCUGGGAAACGCCAAGAACCUCACACCCCACCUCCUGCAGCACACACGCACACAGAUCGCACAGGUGCGUCAGUCUCUGGAUGGCGUGGUGGAAUAUCUGCUCAACAACACCCCUCUGAAUUGGCUGGUGGGGCCCUUCGCGCCUCAGCACACAGAGAAAGCAGACAAGACCACAGGGGGUGGUGGUCCGCCAGCAGCCCCUGGUCAGGGAUGAAUGGGGAAGGACCCACAGAGACUGCUGCCAUUAAUAUAUUACAUGUAUAUUAUCUACUCACUACUAAGUGCCUUUCAGAGUUAUGUGACUGAGAAGAACUAUGCCAUGUGAUCACUAUUAAAUAGUGUGCUUGUAUUAAAUUACCCAAAAAUUGUCUGUGCAAUAAGUGUUAGAUGAUAUGCCUAUAAUAAAUGUCUUAAGUAUUCUUCUGAGAAAUUAAAGUGAAAACACGUUUGUCCACUAGGCGAGUUUGUCUAGUUUAUUAGGCUGUAUUGUGGUUAUGAGUGUGCUACAACACUUAUUUUGAUUGAAAGUACCCAGCGUGAACACCUCACACAUUGUACGUUUACAAUAACAAGAAAUAAAGGGUUUAUCCUCUGCAUUUUAAG